UGUCAGGUGAUUUUAAUCUCUUAGUUUAGAUGUACAGCGUUAUUCUUUGCCCAACUUGCCACAAGUUUCUCUUCAUUUUAUGAGCAUGGACUACUUGUCGUCUCUGAGGGAUUAUAAGGUUUAAGAAGAGAAGGUGAAAAAUUAAUUUACCAUCGGAACUGGACCAGAACUUACCAUAAAUAUUAACAGUGGAAAUUUUUGCCUGAAAGCUUAAAGCAAAGCUGCUCCUGUUCAUUUCUAUCAUCUGUGAGAUCUCUGCAAGAAAAUGGCUACACAGAGAAAGGAAAGUUUUGAAUUAUUGGAUCUCAGGAUUUGGUUCUGCCUGCUGAUUUCCUACGGUAGUUGUUUCGCCCAGAAGGACUGCACUGGCGUGACUUGCCCUUUGCUAGAAUUCUGUAUUGAGGAGGUGCUGGAGCCUGGUGCUUGUUGUGCUUCGUGCAUGCAAUAUGGUUGUGCAUGUGAGGGUUACCAGUAUUACGACUGCAUUCAUGCUGGGUUCAGGGACGGCAAGGUACCUGAAGGGUCUUCGUACUUUGUUGAUUUUGGGAGCACAGAGUGUGCGUGUCCCAGUGGAGGAGGCAAGAUCAGCUGUUACUUUAUUCCUUGCCCUGAGCUUCCACAGAACUGCAUUGAAGUCUUGGAGUCAGAUGAAGGUUGCCAGCAGUGUGCCAAGAUAGGGUGCCUUCAUGAUGGUCAGAAAUACACAGCAGGGCAUACGUUCCAUAUGCCACCAUGUAAGGUAUGCCACUGUGACAACUCUGGUGGUGACCUGUUAUGCUACACCCUUCCUAACUGUGAUGCCUCCCAGGAACAGAAAUCUGCCUUUCCAAUGAUCAACGAGAAUGAAGAACCAGCACAACACUAUGAUGACCAGUAUAGCUAUGACCAAGAGCCUGUGGGUAAUGAGCACUUUCAUAAGAAAGACACUAAACAACCCAAAGAAUACAGAUCAUUUAACAGAAGGCAAGAAAGGUAUAACAUUAGAAGCUCAGGCAUGGAUGAUGAAAUUGAAUACAAUAACCUGGUUCCUAAGAUGCCCCAUGGUCCAUUAUAUACCACAAAGGAGCCUUAUGUCAGUACUGCAGCUCCAACAGAAACAACUAUUCAUUCUACUGUGUCUAAAAAGGAAGUGAAAGAUGCCUGGAGAAUUGAACAGCUUCAAAGAGUGAAAAUCACAAAGAAGAAAGUGACUGAUGAGAAGAUAGAAAACAAUAAAAAGAAACAGGAACAAACAGGACCUGUGUUUCCUACAGUUAAAUUCAGUCUCACAAAACAGCCACCUAUUGCUGUUAAGGAGGAUGAUAAUUCUGUGCCAAACAAACAGCCGCAAACUUUGCUCCAUUUUCGAUUUGAUGAAGAGAACAGCAUUAAGAUACCUACAGAUCUGAAUGAAGGAAAUGGAAGGCAUAAUAUCAGUUACCAGCUUGUACAGACUAUUCGUCCGAGUGAUCCAUCGCUCGCCAGUGAGGCUCCCCUACCCAGAACAAGUGAAGGUGUAAAUCCUCCAACAGGGGCUGCCUUGGAGAAAAAAGCCAAUCACUCCAGUGAUGACUUAGUUACUUCUAGAUCCACCACUGUUGCCACUCUAGGAUCUACAGCUCCUCCUACAACACCUCCAACUCCAUCAUGGCACCCCCCCACCUCGACUCCUGCCUUAGAGGAACCCGUUCAUGAGGAAGUUAAACCUUCUGCAGAUGUGAUUGAAAACUGCUGCAAUGCUGGACAAGAAUGGGCUGCAGAUAAUGGCCAGUGCUUUGAUAUUUCUGUGAAGGGCCUUCACACUCUCCCCUGCAGAAUUGCUCAGAAGCAGUGUUGUAUCUCAUACCUGGAGGAACAAAGCUGCAUAGUGGGUAUGAACUUCGCAAAAGAAGGUGAGGACUGCUACGCAAACCCAAAUGAUGUCUGUGGAGCUGACAUAUACAAGAAAUGUUGUGACUGCUGUACGUUAGGAAUUCUAUUUUGGAGCCAGUUCAAAGGGUGCAAAGCAAAGCCAAGUCUGGGCUACCCCUGUAGUCAGGCAUUUUUAACCUGUUGUGAGGGAGCUGAAGAUCUUGGUCAUCUUCCUGUGAGUCGGUGGCUCCAGUCAAAGCCAUUCCCCGAGACGACCUCCAUUCCUGAACGAGUUUUGGAAUCAGAAAAUGUUAAGGAAGCUCAUUCACUGAGUGAAGCAGAAACAGCAUUUAACUUCAUAACGGACAAUGAACUUAGUGAAUGUACGAUGUAUCCCGGACUAAUUUGCCAGCACUUCUGCAUCAAAACGUUGGAAUCGUAUGAGUGCACAUGUUUCCCUGGAUAUACAUUGCAGGCUGAUGGACGCAGCUGCAAAUCAGAAUAUGAAACGCAAGCGAGAAGUUUUAUGGAGCUACAGCCUUCUGAGGCAACGCAGACUGUGACAUUUGAUGACGUGGAUCGCUGCAAAGAUGCCAGUCCAUGCAUGCAUUACUGCAAUCAAGUCGGGAAGGAUAUUAUUUGCUCCUGUUUCUCUGGUUACAGACUGAUGACAGAUCAGACCUCGUGUGAAGAUGUGAAUGAGUGUGUACUGGGCACACACAAUUGCUCCAGAGGAGAAUCCUGUGAGAAUACUCAAGGCUCAUUCCAGUGCAUCCCAAUAAUUACUUGUGAGAAUGGCUUUGUCUCGAAUGCAUUCAACAAGUGUGUUGAUAUCAAUGAGUGUUUAACAGUCUCCCAGACGUGCAGUUUUGGAGAAAUAUGCAUAAAUACAGUGGGCUCCUUUAAAUGUAAGAAGAUGCUUACUUGUGGACCAGGCUUUGAACAAAUGGACGAUUAUUGUCAAGAUAUCAAUGAAUGUGAGCAAGGCAAUCACAACUGUGCGGUCAAUUAUGAAUGUCAGAACACUCCAGGGUCAUUCCGUUGUCUUUCAAAAGUGCAGUGCUCCGAGGGAUUUCUGCAGGACUCACAAGGGAACUGCCAUGACAUUAAUGAAUGCACUACAUUAACUCAAGCUUGCAAACCUGGGUUCAAAUGCAUUAACACCGUUGGGUCUUACACCUGCCAGAGAAAUUUCAUCACUUGUGGAAGGGGAUACCAUGCUAGUACUGAUGGUUCUCAGUGCAUUGACAUUGACGAAUGCCAGAAUGGAGUGCAUCGCUGUGGUGAAGGACAGGUCUGUCAGAACAUACCUGGGAGCUAUCGCUGUGAUUGUAAAAGCGGUUAUCAGUACAAUUCCCUCAGCAGAACAUGCACUGAUGUUAAUGAAUGUUGGCGCUAUCCUGGUCGACUCUGUGCAAAUAAUUGUGAGAAUACCCCAGGGUCUUAUUACUGCACCUGCAGCACUGGAUUCAAGCUCGCUCUUGACGGCAAGAACUGUGAAGAUAUAAAUGAAUGUGAGAGUAAAGUCUGUGGUCAGGAAUGUGCGAAUAUCUACGGCUCCUACCAAUGCUAUUGCAGGCAAGGAUACCAGCUCAGUGAACAAGAUGGCCAUUCCUGUGUGGAUUUUGAUGAGUGUGCUCAAAGUGGAGGCACUGUCUGUACAUUCCGCUGUCUGAAUCUACCUGGCAGUUAUAAAUGUGCCUGUCCUGAGGUUGGUUAUACGAUGUCACCUAAUGGAAGAACGUGUAGAGACAUUGAUGAAUGCGCUAUUGGGACGCACAACUGCACGUCAACCGAAACCUGCUUCAACAUCCAAGGUGGAUUCAAAUGUCCAUCGGUGGAUUGCCCACCAAACUACAGAAAAGUUUCCGACAUGCGCUGUGAACGCAUCAUGUGCCCUAAUUUCAUGGACUGCCAGAACAUUCCAGUCAGAAUCACCUACUAUCAGUUGACCCUCCCGACCAACGUCCAGGUUCCAAGCACCAUUUUCCGUAUUGCGCCUUCACCUGCCUACAUAGGAGAUAACAUUGUGCUGACCAUUAUCAAAGGAAAUAACGAAAAUUACUUCAGCACAAGGAAGCUGAAUGCUUACACUGGUAUUGUCUACGUACAACGGCAGUUUAUGGAAUCAAAAGACUUCUUGCUGGAUGUUGAAAUGAAGCUUUGGCGCCAAGGAACAUUCACUUCCUUUUUGGCUAAAAUUUAUGUAUUUGUUGCUGCUCAUCCUUUCUAAAGCAAACAC